AUGGAUAUCUUCAAAUGUAAAUAUCUGAAACAUGAAAAGGAAGAAAUUAUGGGGUUUUGUUUGAAUCAGAAAUGUUAGAAUGAAACACAAUAUUGUUAUAAAUGUUUAAAUGCUACUCAUUCAGAACAUUUUAAUGAUUGUGUUCGAUUCACAGAAAUAAUGGAAAUUAUGAAUGAAUCCAUGCUAGUUUACAAUUAAUUUGAGAUAUAAUUAAAAGAACUCUCUAAAACAACUAAAGAAUUUAUUUGA